UGCCAGGUUCAGACAUCCCAGAGAAAAAAAAGGAUAAACAGCAUUAGCAAUCAGUGACUGAUGAUAAUGCUGCAAUAAUGAGAAUGGUUUUAUUUCUAAAUCAAAUUAUUUCUAAAUAAAAUCAUUUAUUGCUUUGUUUCUAAAAAAAAAAAAAGAAACUUCUAUCUGCAGACCCCUAGUUUAGACUAAUUGGGAAACAUUCCCGCAGGUAGUCAUAGAGCUUGAAUUGUAUAUAAAAGCUAAAGAAAAGCUUGUAACUUCGAGUUGGUCUGGUGUGCUACUCCAACCUCCCUGUAAUCAGUUGCAGAAAUAAACUCCCUUCUUUCCCAGUCUGUCUGUCUGCAUCUCAUUAUUGGACCACAAGAACAAGCAGCGGGACCAGUAACACUGUAAGAAUCAUCCAGUAACACUAUAAGAAUACUGCUUCUACCAGAGGCCAGGACUUCCCUAGGAAGAUAAUCUGGAGUAGCAAGGAAAGCUGCCUCCAGAGCUCUUGAGAACUGGCUCAACAGGUCUCAGGGUUGUUAUGUGGGCCACCUGAAUAGGGGAAUCAGCAGCUGCCUGGCCUCUCUUACUAACGCCUUCCCUUCUGUUUUUCCCAGGGUCCCUCAGCUACCCUAGAGUACGUAUGGCAAAUGCCCCAUACAUUUCCAUCAAGAGUGAUCAGAACUGAAUCUUCUACCCCCACCCCUCUAUAUCCAGGUAGAAUCCUCCCAUUUACUCAGUUCAUUUCUGUUUUCCCCUAAGCCUUGCUGUUUCAGGGCUAGAGCAGCUUCCUUUGUCUUAAACCUUAAAUGUCUUUUUUCCCACAGUUUUUACCAGGAAACAGGCACAGUCAGAAGUUGUAACAGUAUAAAUGUUGUAAUACCAGAAAUCUCAACUCAUUCCUCUCAAAACUGGUCCCAAUCAAAAGAGAAAGAAAAAAACAAAUCAACUUACCACUAGACAUUUCCAUGCCUGGAGCUAUUUUUCUGGGGCUACAGGAAAGGGUAGUUCCCUCAUGUACUAGUUCCCACAGAGUAGCACCAGCACCACCUCUCAGCCCCACCUCUUUACCUCCAGGUGGCCCCAAAUCUCCUCUGAAAGCGGAUGGUUCAAGUAUCAGCACUGCAACCUAUAAGACUUGGGAUGAGGUGGAGAGGGUAUGGAAGGCUUAGAUCAAAUGUCCUGAGUGAGACAGGACCAGAUUGUCCCCAGUACAAAAUGGCUGGGAAGCAGCUACCAUAGACUUUCCUGUUUUAGAUUAGACUAACCCCAAGCACAUGAACUAAGACUAUCCGUAGCUCUUGGAUUAGUCAUGCCAUUGAAGAGGAGGAGAAGACGCCACUGGGCUGUGCCUGGCAGGGAGUCUGGAGUUUCUGGUUUCCAAGCUCAGGAAGGCGUGAACCAGGGGAGGGGCAUCCAUGCAGGGGGAGGGCUAGAAGCUGGGGCAGGAUCUGUCAGCUCUGCAAUGCUGCACAAGCAGAAGCAACACAGAAAGAAGAUACCAACAGCCUCCUGAAACUCAACGAGAGUGGACACUCCAGUGUUGACCACCUAAGAUACCACUCCUGCUCCAAAGAUUACAGCUCCCUUGUCAUUCCGACUGCUGGGCUUACCCUACACCCCAGAGAUGGAGCAACUACUAGGAAUAAAACUUGGCUGCCUGUUUGCCCUGUUGGCUCUCACUCUGGGCUGUGGCCUUACUCCCAUCUGCUUCAAAUGGUUCCAGAUUGAUGCAGCCAGAGGUCAUCACCGGCGAGUCCUCAGACUCCUGGGCUGUAUUUCUGCUGGUGUUUUCCUGGGAGCAGGGUUCAUGCAUAUGACUGCUGAAGCCCUGGAGGAAAUUGAAUCACAGAUUCAGAAGUUCAUGGUGCAGAACAGAUCAGCAAGUGAGAGAAAUUCUUCUGGUGAUGCUGAUUCAAUUCAUAUGGAGUAUCCCUAUGGAGAGCUCAUCAUCUCCCUGGGCUUCUUUUUUGUCUUCUUUUUGGAGUCGCUGGCAUUGCAGUGCUGUCCUGGGGCUGCUGGAGGAUCAACAGUGCAGGAGGAAGAAUGGGGUGGGCCUCAUAUCUUCGAACUCCACAGCCACGGACAUUUACCCUCACCCUCAAAGAGUCCCCUCCGGGCCCUUGUCCUCUUGCUGUCACUCUCCUUUCACUCAGUGUUUGAAGGGCUAGCUGUGGGGCUGCAGCCGACAGUAGCAGCUACCGUGCAGCUCUGUCUUGCUGUCCUGGCUCAUAAGGGGCUUGUGGUGUUUGGUGUAGGAAUGCGGCUAGUGCAUUUAGGUACCAGCUCACGAUGGGCAGUGUUCUCCAUACUAUUAUUAGCUCUCAUGUCCCCCAUGGGCCUAGCCGUAGGACUGGCUGUGACUGGAGGGGACUCUGAAGGAGGGCGGGGCUUAGCCCAGGCUGUGUUAGAGGGUGUGGCAGCUGGUACCUUUCUGUAUGUCACCUUCCUAGAAAUUCUUCCACGGGAGCUAGCUAGUCCUGAGGCCCCUCUAGCUAAGUGGAGCUGUGUAGCUGCUGGUUUUGCCUUCAUGGCCUUUAUUGCCUUAUGGGCCUGAGAGAUUCCUGGCUUUUCUGAUGGACCUAUUUAGGAUGACCUCUCUAUCCCCAGGGAGACCUCCCAAAUGGCUUUGGCCCUCAGACAUUUCUUUACUGAGACUAAAUAGCAUUCAGUAGGACUGGACUGGACCCCAGGUUUCCUUUACACGAGAUCCCAUUUCUCACCCUGGACUAAGAAAAAGAUAUUUAGGUUGAGCAGCUAUUAAUUGGAGAAUUGGUACAGAGACGCUCCAGAUUUUAUUCUUGUCCCAUUUAUGCUACUGUGUGUAAUAAAAUGCCCAUUUUACCCUC